GUGGCGUGAAGAGAUCUGUGGUCAUGUGGAAUAUCCCUGCCGUUUCCAAAAUCCUGCUGCCAGGUUGCAGGCAGUCAUUCCUUACAGAGUCUUUGCUCCUUGGUGCCUUAUGGAAUGCUGCGAAGAACGUUUGCUUCGGCUAAUUCCUCAGUGCCUCUCUGCUGCUUACAUCACACUGGGUACCCACCCCUUUUCCAGGCUUGAUGUUUUGAUAGUUCCUUCCAACUUUUCCAGCCUGGGAAUGGCUAGCCCACACAUCAUCUUCCUGUCACAGAGUGUAUUACCGGGAGGGAGCCAUCUCUGUGGAACACGUCUGUGCCAUGAAAUUGCUCAUGCUUGGUUUGGACUGGCCAUUGGAGCUCGUGAUUGGACUGAAGAGUGGAUAAGUGAAGGGUUUGCCACUUUUUUAGAAGAUAUAUUUUGGGCUAGGGCACAACAGUUAUCACAUGAUGAAAUCAAGGGGCAGCAGGGAUUGAAAGCUUUACUUCGCUGGCGACGACUCAGAGAUGAGGUGCAGAACUCUGAAGAAGAGCUGCAAGUUUUAAGGCCCAAAAAGGAGAGCACAGGGGAAUUGAGUGAGUCUGGAGCAUCUGUUGUCAAACACGGUCUUAAAGCAGAAAAAAUAUUCAUGCAGGUUCACUAUUUGAAGGGUUAUUUCCUUUUGCGGUUUCUGGCAAGGACAAUAGGAGAGGCUUCAUACCUUGCAUCUUUACGAAAAUUUGUCCAUAAGUUCCAUGGGCAGCUUGUCCUUUCUCAGGAUUUUCUUUGCAUGCUGUUGGACGACAUCCCUGAACAAAAAGAAUCUGGGUUAACUGUAGAAAGUAUCUUCCAGAAUUGGCUUGACACUUCCGGAAUACCAAAG